AUGGCCAAGCACCCCGUUGUAGAGCUUACUUCAGAAGCUUCGUGGAAUUUCGUCGAGGACAAGUUCACUCCAUAUGGGAAGGAGACCCUUGCAAAGCUCGUCGCUUUUCUUCAGGACGAUGUUUACCCCUCCGUCCGGUUAGCGCACGCCCAGAUCCCUAAAGACCCUAUCCAGCGAUGGAACACGGUUAUACCUGUGGUCGAGGAACUCAAGGUGAAAGCGCGCAAACUCGGCUUAUGGAACCUGUUCCUGAGCAGGGCGCAUUAUCCUGAACAUGGCGUACUGUUGUCCAACCUUGAGUAUGCGGUCAUGGCUGAGAUACUUGGGCGGGGAGGGCAUAUAGCUUCUGAAGUUGUAAAUUGUUCUGCGCCGGACACGGGGAACAUGGAGGUGCUCGCUCGGUAUGGUUCGCCUGACCAGCAAAAGAAGUGGCUGAUCCCACUCCUAAAUGGCGAGAUACGUUCUGCGUUUGCCAUGACUGAGCGCUUCGUAUCUUCCUCCGAUGCACGGAAUAUCAAAACAACUAUUCGUAGAGAAGGCAGCGAUAUUAUCAUCAACGGACACAAAUGGUGGAUAUCGGGUGCUGGGGACCCCCGAACGCGACUUCAUCUCGUCUUGGGCAAAAGCGACCCGGACAACCAGGACAAUUACAUACAGCACAGCAUCGUGAUCGUACCUGCAGACACUCCCGGGGUGCGGAUCGUUCGUCCUAUGGAGGUAUUCGGCUACGACGACGCUCCAGAAGGACAUUGCGAAAUAAUCUACGAUGAUGUGAGAGUUCCGCUUUCGAAUCUGGUGUUAGGCUGGGGGAAGGGAUUCGAGAUCAUUCAAGGGCGACUGGGGCCUGGACGCAUUCAUCACUGCAUGCGUUCCAUAGGUGUAGCUUCCUACGCUCUGGACCUGAUGAUCCAGCGGGUGACUGAUCCCACGAGGAAAACGUUCGGAAAGUACUUGUACGAGCACGGCACUGUUGUGGCAGAAAUAGCCAAGUCCCGAGCCGAGAUUGAGGGUGCUCGAUUGCUGGUAUUGAGUGCAGCACUCCAGAUCGACAAAUACAAAGCCAAAGGCGCGUUGAAAGAAAUUGGCAUUGCCAAGUUCGUGGUUCCCCAAAUGGCCUGCACGGUUGUCGACCGUGCGAUGCAGGCAUUUGGGGCUGAGGGAUUAAGUCAAGACCAGGAACUGGCUAAUAUGUACGCGCAGCUUCGGACGCUUCGAAUGGCCGAUGGUCCUGAUGCGGUACACAUACAGCAAGUGGGACAGCGAGAGCUUCGACGUGCCAAUGGACUGCGGAAACGUGCUCAGGAGCUCAGGCAGAAAGAAGCGAUUGUAUUUGAGAAAGCGGGCAUCAAAUCUCGCUUGUAG